CGCCCCCGCCGGGCCAAGAUGGCGGCGCCCAGCGCGCGCACGGUGCUGGUGCGGGGCCUGCCCCCGAGCGCCACCGGGCCGCUCCUGGAGAGGCUCUUCGGGGCCCUCGGGCCGCUCCGCCGCUGCUUCGUGGUCACCGAGAAGGGCUCCCCGAAAUGCCGCGGGUUCGGGUACGUGACCUUCUCGCUGCCCGAGGAUGCCGGGAGGGCCCUGCGGGACCCCCCCGAGCUGGGGGGGCGGCCCCUGGGGGUGUCCCUGGCCCGGCCCCGCCCCAAGAGGGACAGGGGGCCGCGGGGGGGGCAGGAGGGAGAGGGCGAGGGGGGGGAGCCCCCCCCAGAGCACCCCCGGCCGAAGAAGCCCCGCCCGCCCUCCCGCAAGGCCCGGCUCAUCCUGCGCAACCUCAGCUUCCAGUGCUCCGAGGACGAGCUCCGGGGUCUCUUCGCUCCCUUCGGCCCCGUCCUGGAGCUGAACAUGCCCCGGAAACCUGACGGGACCCCGAGGGGCUUCGCCUUCGUCCAGCUCAGGAACGUGCGGGAGGCGGCGGCGGCACUGGGGGGGCUCAACGGGGCCCAGCUCAGAGGGCGGCCCCUGGCCGUGGACUGGGCCGUGGCCAAGGACAAGUACCAGGCGACACAGGGACCCCCCAAACCCUCUGGGGGGGGAGAGGAGGAGAAGGAGGAAGAAAAAGAAGAAGAUGAAGAGGAUGAUGAAGAGGAUGAGGAGGAGGGGGGAUCCCCCCCAAAGCGGGCGAAGGGGGGGCGGCCGCGCCCCUCGGACGUGGGCGAGGGCAGGACCGUCUUCAUCCGGAACCUGUCGUUCGACACGGAGGAGGAGGCGCUGGAGGAGGCCCUGCAGAGGUUCGGGGGGGUCACCUACGUCCGGCUGGUGCUGCACCCCCACACCGGCACCCCCAAAGGCUCUGCCUUUGCCCAGUUCGAGACCCCCGAAGGGGCCCAGAAGUGCCUCGAGGCUGCACAGGAGGGGCCCGAGGGUGGGGGGCUGCGUCUGGACGGGCGGGUGCUGCGUGUGGACCCCGCCCUGAGCCGGGACCAGGCCCAGCAGCUCCGGGGGGAGUCGGGGGGGGGCCAGCCCAGAACUGGCACCAGGAACCUCUACCUGGCCCGGGAGGGGGCCAUCCGCCCGGGCUCGCAGGCGGCCCAGGGGGUCAGUGAGGCCGACAUGGCCAAGAGGGCACGGUUCGAGGAGCUGAAGCGGCGGCGGCUGCAGGACCCCAACGUGGGGGUGUCCCGGACCCGGCUGUGCCUGCACAACCUGCCCAAGGCCCUGGACACCCCCCGGCUGAGGGCCCUGCUCCGGGGGGUCCUGCGCCACAACGGGGGGGCCCCCCCACACAUCAAGGAGUGCCGAGUGAUGCGGGAGCUGCGGGGUCAGGGCCAGUCCCUGGGCUUUGCCUUCGUGGAGUUCGAGGCACACGAGGAGGCUCUGGGGGCCCUGCGGCGCCUCAACAACAACCCCGAGCUCUUCGGGCCCCACAAGCGCCCCAUCGUGGAGUUUGCCCUGGAGGACCGGCGGAAGCUGCGGCUGCGGGAGCAGCGGAUCCAGCGCGGGCUGCUCAAGGCCAAGGCGAAGGCGGCCGAGGCUGCGAGACCCCCGGAGACCCCCCAGGGCCCCCUGGAUCACCCCGAGGGCUCGGGUGGGCAGGACCCCCCCAGCAAGGCCCCCCCCGCCAAGGCCCCCCCGGGCCCCCCCGGGACCCCCUGGGCCGGGUUCUGCACGCAGGGCCCGGGGGGGCGGGGGGCACCCGGGACCCCCCGCAACAGGGUGCUGGCAGUGCCCUCGCACCGGGGGCCCAAGAUCAGGAAACGGGACAAGGGGAAGGCACAGCCCCCUCCCCCCAAACCCCCCAAGGCCCCCAAGGCCCCUCGGCGGCGGGAGAAGCGCCAGGAGACCCCUCCCCAGAAGCAGCGGCGGCGCCGGGGGGGUCCCGGGGGGUCCGAGGCAAAGUUCAACGAGCUGGUGGAGAGGUACAAGAGGAAGAUUUUGGGGAGCCAGCCCCCCACGGCCCGAGGGGGAAAGUGGUUCGAGAGCUGAGAUUCCCCCAGCACCCCAAACUCCCCCCCCAGCACCCCAAACUCCCCCCGGGGGUGCUGGAAAGGUCACAGGCCCCACA